UUCGGCGGGUCCCGAGCGGUGGCCGCGGGCGGGCUGGGCCCGGAGCCGCUGCUGGCUCAGCCUCCGUUCGCUUUCUCGGGUGCCGGAGCGGCCGCGGCGGGAAGGGACGGGCGGCCGGCCGGCCGUGCUGCCGUGCCGCGGCCCGCGGGGUGUGAGCGCCGCUGCCUCGCCGUCCUCGUCUGGCGACUCGUGACUCCUCGCCAACCACGGCGGGAUCCGUCAAGCCCACGCUCUGCAGGGUCGUCAUCUACCUACAGAAGAUGUCGGGGGACACGUGUCUGACCACCGCGCUCUGUCCGGCUGCGGCGCCCAAGCCCAAAACUUGCAGCUUCAGGGGGGGCAGCCUGGGUAACAAAUACGUGCGGCUGAACGUCGGGGGCUCGUUGUAUUACACCACAGUGCAAGUGCUGACCAGGCACGACACAAUGCUCAAGGCCAUGUUCAGCGGCAGGAUGGAAGUGCUCACCGACAAGGAAGGCUGGAUCCUUAUAGACCGUUGCGGGAAACACUUUGGAACAAUUUUGAACUAUCUCCGCGAUGACACGAUCACACUUCCAAAGCACAGACAGGAGAUCAAGGAGCUGAUGGCAGAAGCCAAGUACUAUCUGAUUCAGGGCUUGGUGGACAUGUGCCAAGCAGCUCUGCAGGACAAGAAAGACUUGUAUGAACCUGUCUGUAGCAUCCCCAUUAUCACGUCUCCGAAAGAAGAAGAGAGGCUGAUAGAAUCAUCAAUGAAACCUGUUGUUAAGCUGCUUUAUAACAGAAGCAACAACAAAUACUCCUACACCAGUAACUCAGAUGACAACUUGCUGAAGAACAUCGAGCUGUUUGACAAGCUCUCUCUGCGGUUCAACGGCAGGGUUCUGUUCAUCAAGGACGUUAUCGGGGAUGAGAUCUGCUGCUGGUCCUUCUACGGGCAGGGCCGCAAGCUCGCGGAAGUGUGCUGCACCUCCAUCGUGUACGCCACCGAGAAGAAGCAAACCAAGGUUGAAUUCCCCGAGGCGCGAAUUUAUGAGGAAACACUAAACGUCUUACUGUACGAAACCCCACGGGUUCCUGAUAACUCCCUGCUGGAAGCAACGAGCAGGAGCCGGAGCCAGGCGUCUCACAGCGAGGACGACGAGGGCUUUGAACUUCGAGACCGAGUGCGCCGCAUCCACGUGAAGAGAUACAGCACCUACGACGACCGGCAGCUGGGCCACUAGCGCCCCGCUCCAGGACAGAGGUGCCGAUGGCCUGGGGGGGAAGAGGAGUAGGGAGGGGUCAGUUGGACUCUGGAUUGAUCUCAUUUGGCUGCUCGGCUCCCUGGAGAACAAACGGGCGUUUGUGCGCACAAAGCAACGCUCAAGGCCCAGGGCUUUGAGAACUAAGAUGAUAACUUUGCACCACGUGCUUUAAAUGCGGACUGGCCCCCUUUUCGUGUCGUGUGAGGAGUGGAAUUCGGACCAGCAAUUCAGACGGCUGGGGGUUGCUCUUUCAGCACAGCUUUUCCUGAAGGAGCUGGCGUGGUGGCAAAAUCUUAUUCCAGAUGUCCGCCCUCUUAGGGCUUUGUAUAAUGGAAUUUCCAGUUUUUAAAUGAAGAUACUGAAGAGGGGUGGAGAGGAGGUGGAGACAGGCGCUCUUGGCGAACCCCGCAUGUGCUGACCCCAGCAGGGCGAUGUGCUGCACGUGCGGGUUCCCCUCUUCCCCAGUGGCUUCGCAGGCCGGUGUUCCGAGGUGCCUGACUUAGAGCUCGUCCGUUCUAAGGCAAGCUCUUCCAAGAGCUUCCCACGUCACCAAAACCCCUCCUGUGAAAAAUGAGAAAACUUUAGAAGUUGAAAUAUGUGUGAAAUGACUUGUCUUGGGAGGUGGAGAAGUGGGUGUGGGGAAGGAAGAAAUUUCUUCGGGUUAGAAGACUUCAGGAGCAGAUUGUGGCAGCAUUGCUGUUGUUCUGGCUUGUGAUCGUGAGAUCCCGUUCACACAAACAAUGGCAACAUGGGGGAUUAGUUUUACAUUUGCUUCCUCCUGUGGCCCAGAAGUGCUAAUUUCUGUUCAAUUUCUCCGGCAGCGGGGAAAAGCCGCAGUGACUAGGGACGUCCAGACUCAAUAUCUGAUAACACUGGAAGAGCGAAUUCCAGUCUUGUGUUCUACAUCCCAUCUAGAGCACGGAAAUGGAAAGAGAAGAAUAGUCAUAAAUAUCUUGUUCUAGCAUGAAACUGCAAGAAGCUUUGGACACAGGAGAGACGUAGCUUAUACUGACUUUUAAACCGAAAUAAUCACUUUAAUUCUGGGAGCUUGGCUGGGUGCGAACUGUAAUCUCGCUCUGCGGAUUGGGUCUCUGGAAACAGUUUCAGGUUUAGUAUUAAAAGCUGCUGCUGUAUUUUUAAAUGAUUGAAUCUGUGACCUACAGCUGAACAUACAAGCAAAUGUUACCACUGUCCUAAGCAGUUACCGCGUGCUGGCGUCGGCAGCUGUGGAGUGUGACAGUGGUGCAGCGCGCGCCACAACUGCCCUUACCUUCCCGUAUUGCACACGGACACGGACGCCUCCGGCUCCGCGAUGGUCGGUCUUGAACUUACUGACCAGUGCCAGAGCUACCUGUCGCUUUUAAAGGAAAUCACUGCAACAGCCUGACAAGAAAAUCAUCGCAAAUUAAUCCAGCAGAUGGUUUGGUAGUAACUGAAGCGGGAAAGGGCACAAAGAAGUUAUUUCCACUCGAAUAGGCUUUUCACAGUGAAAUGGAGGGCUGGUGAGGGGUCGCCGGUGGCCGCAGACCCGGCGCUCCUCGCGUCCCCAGCAGCGUUGCCGCAGCCACGCGCCUGCCGUGCCGGGAAAGGCCUCUCUAGGACUCCGGUAACCUCUUCUCUUUUCAUGUGGCCUUCUCUAAGUUGUUUUCCGGCUGGUUUCCUGUUGUGCCGGUGAAAAUACAGCUGCUGAGAUCAGUUUUGACAAAGAUUUUGUGGGAGUUUUUUCUUUAAUUCUGCUGCAGAGUGACGUGGAAUUUUUUUAAGAAGUGUUUUUGCCCUGCGCUCUACAGUUCAGGUGUCGCCGUGGUGGUUGCUCCGAGCUGCCCGCAGAGCCUGGAGCGACGGGGCCUUUGUGCUGGACUCAAUAGCUGCAGCUUAUCCUCCUGUACUUUUUUCAUCUUGUAACGUGUGAGGCUGCCGUUUGGAACCCAUGGGCGGCACUUCUCUCUCGACAAAUGAUUUAUAGUUUUUAUCUUAUUAUGGUGAAUGUUAACAGAUCAAGUAAGUGAUGCUGUGCCUUUUGCCCCAUUCCUAAUGGAUGAAUUCAAACUACAUCAGCUUGCACUUAUUAGCUGCUGGAGCUGGAGCUCUUUUUGAGACCUUACUGUCCUCUUCACUCCUAAAUUUAAGUGAACUUUUGCACAUUUGAAGAUAAUUUUAGCAGACUGAAUGAAUGGAAGAGAUGACCUGACGUCUCUAAAAGGCACCGUAAUAAAGGUGGCGUGUAACGGGUGUUCACUGCAGAAUGGCCUCGGGCUCUCCACAGAGGAGACGCGGUGCCUUCAGCAAAUGUCUCGUGUUAAACAGCUCUUCAGUACCAGUGUGAAUCAGGCAAUAAUGUCGGAGGAGAGCUCUGCAGGGCAGCGGCCUCCAGCUGCUCCAUGAAUGCCGAGACAAAACUGAACGUUUAACCUUCACCUUCAUAUGUAGUUUUUGGAACAGGGGGUGUUUAUUAUAAAGGUUCCAUCCCGCUGGCUUCUUAUCUAUUGCACUUGGUUAAAAUAGAAAAUACCUGUUGGGGAAGGGGGACACUGGAGGGGCCGGUACUGCGGUGUCACCGACGGGCUGCGUUGUGCGUGGAGCCGGCAAUGCCUGUGGUGGGCUUGAUUAGAUGGUUUUUCUCACUUUUUUAAACUUUCAGGCACAGUUCCCUCUCAGAAAUACAGAUGAGGUACCUUGACUGUGUCUGGCCCUGCAGUCCCUGUCUUACACAACGAGGUCAUAUCGUCUGACAAUCCUUGGCUUCAGUCUUUCCAGACAGGCGCCCCAGCCGCCCUUCUGUCAGAAUGGGUUUGCUGAGGGCCGAGUGGGCACGGGUUCUAACUCGGUGACGUACGGCGACUCAGUUCUUCUGUGCGUGCAGAAUGUGUCCUCGUCUGUAACAAAGCGGUGGGAGGACCCUCCCCUACCUCAGAGGGAUGUUCAAACUUAAUUUGUUUAAUAACAGUAAAGGACUUUAAAUUUCUAUAAUAUUUUGUAUCCAAACGAUAGUAAAUGAGCUAGCUGAUCUUGUUUCAACUGACAUUUCUGUGAUCAGUUCUGUGAUUAGUUAAUGCAGUAACCGUAUUAGCUGUUGAUUUAAGUGUUUUCUCUUUUAUCAGUGCAUUAAAUUGAAAUGGAACACUAAUUUUUAAUAAAGUGUUAUAUUUUGUCUUCUGUGA